GCCCCGGGGCUGCCGGCGGCCCCCGCCCCCUUGCUCCCCGGCCCGGGCCGCCCCGGCUCCCGCUGGCUCGGGCAGGGGACUCCCCAGGCGCAGGCCUCCCGGCGCGGCCCGUGACCUGGACGCCGCGGCUGCGGAGCCCGCCCCCGGACUCCUACCCCAGCCCUUCCUGCGGGCAGCGGGGGCAGCCCCGGGGGUUCGCCCCCUCCUCGAAGAGUGGCGGGCGCCGCUCUGCUCUCGGCACUGGGCACGCACCUGAUGUGGCGGUGGCGAGGCGACAGUCACCUGCCCGGGGGCGGGAGGGAUGCACGAUUGAGGCUGGGGGGCACAGACAGGCAAUCCCCGGCAUCGGCCUCAUGGAGCAGGGGGCUGUGGGGGACGCUAUGGGAUCGAAAAGCCGGGCGCCCAACCCCAUCCUGGGGCCAGCCCACGGAGACCCAGGGGUCUGGUCAAGGGCGCCGGAAAGGGCAAGUGGAUGGCUGGGAGGAGGGGGUAUAUGCGGCGCGGAGAGACUCCAACCGUGCAGAUCCCGCGGUGGAGCCACGGAGAUGGGGCCAGUGGAGGUUCAGAGCAGAAGAGAAAGGGGGCAAGGAGAAGAUAAGGAGUGUCCGGAGAAGUGGGGGGUGGGAGGUACACGGAGAGGGUGCGAAAGCCAAAGGAAGGAAGGGAAUUUGAAAGGAGAAGCCACCAAUGGUGUGAGGUGCUGGCCAGAGGGCUGGUCGGAUAGCAGGGACAGGCCCCGGGCAUUUGGUGACUCCAACAUUGAGAAUCUUGGGGAGAUGGUUCCCGGAGAUUCGAGUGAGGAAUUCUCCAUGGAGCCAGUCUUUUCCAGAAGUUCUGAUAAAGUGAGGAGAGAGUGUCGACGCAGGGGAGGACUUUGGGAUAAGGGUGAAGAGCAGUUUAAAGCAGACCGUGUGGUUAAAGCACAGGCUCUGGGGUCAGGGGUCCCCGCACACUAUCUGCGAGAUCUUGGACAAGUCACUUAACCGGUUUGUGCCUCAGUUUCUGAUCUGUAAAAUGGGGAUGAUGAUGAUGAUGAUGAUGAUGAUGAUGAUGGACAAUGCCUGCCUGUUAAGGAUCAUGUGAAGAUUAGCUGAGACAGUUAAAAGUACUUAACGUGGCCCUAAAAUGCUGUACCGAUCAUUUUCCACUUUUAUUAUUGGAACAACUUGGGCAUAUUUUGAUGUUCGUAUGGAAGAGCUGGUGGAGAAGGAGGCAUUGGAAGACAGAGAGGAGAGAAAGGGGACUAGGAGAGAGGGACCCAGAACUUGGAUGGGAGAUAAGAUCCUGUCUAUGCCGAAGGAAGGGAAAGAGAGAAUUGGUGGGGAUGCAGGGAAGUUUGCAGGUUUGGGGUAUGUGGUUAAGGGACUGCCUUUCUCUGCAGUAGGCCCCAAGGUCGUUUGCUGAGAGGGCCAGGCCAUGGCUGGCCCUGGUGAAGAGGGAGGUCCCAGUUUACACUGCCGUGGUAGGGUACCGUGCCCUCUUUGCCAGGAGCCCCAAUGUCGUUCCAGCGAAGAGGGGCAGUUGAAUUUUUCUGGGGUCAGAGGACAACAUCUGACCUGCCUUGCCCACUUACGAGACUCAAGUAAAGUUGAUGGGUGUGAAAACGCUAUAUAAGCAAAAUUUACCAUCUUAAUUCUGUUCCCUGAUCUUGAAGAGCUGGGAGCACAGUGGCCCUGAGUGGAACACCAUGCCAAAGCCUUCCAAGCAGUCCCCUUGGGCCAUGCACCACGCCAGGUUCCCACCCUUCACCUCAUUCCGCCAUCACACCAGACGGGGAAGGUGGAAACUAUUAUCCCCGUUUCACAGAUGCACAGACUGCCAUUCAGAGGAGUUAAAGGCCACGUCCCAGGACCCAAAGCUAGUAAAUGGAAGACCCAGGAUCCCAACUCCCAUCUGUCAGACCUCAAAGCCCAUGAUUUGAAAUCACUAUGAAAGUUUGCAAAAUCCAGCAGGAUAGGAAGAUGUGGAGCUACCAUCCGGUAGAUGAGGUUAAGAAGACCCACUGUGAGGAAGUGACUGUUACCUGAGACACUCUGGCCAGCGCACAGCUAAAGCGCCUGGAGCUUGCAUUUUUGAACCAGCCUCCAGCACCCUGGGGAUUUCCACUGGGGCGGUGAGCACCCUCACCGAGAAUUCUAGGCUGCUUCAGGGUGCCAGGGAACACCGGCUGUGACCGCGCCACUGAAGUCCCCAGGAGGAGGAGGAGGAGGAAGCCAGCAGGAAGCAGCCCGAGAAUGACUGGACACUCCUAAAGCCUUCAGUCACCAUCCAGGGGAUUUUUUGCACCACAAAGGGUAAUUCCUGCCCCAUCCCUGCUGUGACUCAGCCGUGACGUUGAACCACACAAGCCAGCAAAAAGAUAAAGUUGUCAGACUCCUGCUCACCAGAGAGAACUCACCUCUUCUCUCAGCACAGACUUUACAGGCCCGGUCCCCGCCCCAGAGGAGCGUAGACGGGCCCCCCAGGCCAGCCUGGGACCCCGGGAUGGCCUCUGGCUCAGCCAGCAGCCCCCGCCCAGCCCCUGAUGAGAACGAGUUUCCCUUUGGGUGGCCCCCCACCGCCUGCCCGGACCCACCAGAGCCCAGGGCCCUCUGCUGUGCUGCCUGUCUCUCUGAGAACGUGAGGAAUGGCGAGGACCGGAUGUGUCCAAAAUGCAGAGGGGACGACCCCCAGUCUGUAAGCCCAGGAAGCCUUCUGUCUCAGGAGAAGGAUCACCCCGAGGUGGCUGAAGCUGAAGUUGGGUGCCUCUUUGCUGGUGUUGGCUGCUCCUACAAGGGGAGCCCAAAGCUCAUGCAGGAGCAUGAGGUCACCUCCCAGACCACCCACCUAAACCUGCUGUUGGCGUUCGUGAAACAGUGGAAGGCCCAGCUGGGCUCUGGCCUGGGCUCUGGGCCCCUGGCCCUGGAGCAGAAUCUGUCAGACCUGCAGCUACAGGCGGCCGUGGAGGUGGCUGGGGACCUGGAUGUUGACUGCUACCGGGCACCCUGCUCUGAGAGCCAGGAUGAGCUGGCCCUGCAGCACUUAAUGAAAGAGAAGCUCCUGGCUGAGCUAGAGGAGAAGUUGCGUGUGUUUGAGAACAUCGUCGCUGUCCUCAACAAGGAGGUGGAGGCUUCCCACCUGGCGUUAGCAGCCUCCAUUCACCAGAGCCAGCUCGACCGCGAGCACAUCCUGAGCUUGGAGCAAAGGGUGGUGGAGUUGCAGCAGACCCUGGCCCAGAAAGACCAGGCCCUCGGCAAGCUGGAGCAGAGCCUCCGCCUCAUGGAGGAGGCCUCCUUCGACGGCACCUUCCUAUGGAAGAUCACCAAUGUCACCAGGCGCUGCCACGAGUCGGCCUGUGGCCGGACGGUCAGCCUCUUCUCUCCAGCUUUCUACACUGCCAAGUACGGCUACAAGCUGUGUCUGCGGCUCUACCUGAACGGGGACGGAACGGGGAAGAGGACCCACCUGUCUCUCUUCAUUGUGGUCAUGAGAGGGGAGUAUGAUGCUCUGUUGCCCUGGCCUUUUCGGAACAAGGUCACCUUCAUGCUUCUCGACCAGAACAACCGCGAGCACGCCAUCGACGCCUUCCGGCCCGACCUGAGCUCGGCAUCCUUCCAGCGGCCGCAGAGUGAGACCAACGUGGCCAGUGGCUGCCCACUCUUCUUCCCCCUCAACAGGCUGCAGUCACCCAGGCAUGCCUACGUGAAGGAUGACACCAUGUUCCUCAAGUGCAUCGUGGAGACAAGCGCUUAGGGCGGGUAGGGACUGUGCGAACAACACCUGACUCCCGAGCGAGCACCACUGGGGGUUUAGUAAGAUGACUGAGGUCCUGCCCUUGGCGCCCAAGAUCCCAGGGCACGAUGUUGGGCCAGGCUGGCAGGAUCUCAGCGGGCCUGCCAGACUGACCGUGGCUGGCCAUCAGCUUAGGUGGCGGGGCCUUGGGCUGGGACCACAGGGGCAAAGGACCCAGGAGAUGGCAGCCGGGUCGUUCGUUGCCCUCUGCACCGAGCACACAACCCUGCAGGCCUGGGAGCCACUCCAGCCCUGAAGGUUGAGGCGGACUGUGACCAAGGGAGGGAGGGACUACGGACCAGGCCUGGGGCAUGGAUGGUGAGCGUAGGGAGGAGCGCCCGAGCAAAGAAAUUCUCAGACAGGAAGAUCUCUGUUCAGGGCGGGAAGGCAUCAAGUUGGGGCUUGGAUUUAAAGACCUUCAAGCUCCUUCCAGUCCAGAAAGUCUCCAGUUUUGGGCCUCUGGCCCAGAAGAGACCUAGGACUUGAAGGGGUUCUGGAAACGUUCAGGAACCUCAUGCCCACCAGGCUUCUGACUCUCCUUCAGUACCACCAGGUGGGCCGGGCUGGCCCGCACAGCACCUGCCAUGCCGGGUCUGGCAUCUCCGUUCCCCACUGCACGGGGGCCCGCGUAGGUCCUGAGCCCCGCGCCCGCCAGCAGGACUCCCCUGCACCUCCUCCAGGUGAAAGCUCCCAGGAUCAGCCGGAAGAAAUGUGGAGAAGGAGGGGGGCCCAGACUCUCUGCUCUCCUUCCCUUGGAGGCCCCACCACCUUUGCACUUUCCUGCAUCUCGUGUCACCUAAUUAAGCAAGGUAUUCACUUCUCUCAGUUGACUGAUCAGGGCCUCUGAGCCACUGAACAGAGGCUGUCCUUUUCAAUAUGUAUAAAACCAAAGAAAGAAAUUUUUGUACAUUUCUGUUGAGGUUUCCGUGAAGUGCAUAUCCAACCUGGGCCCAAACCAGGUACCCCACAGCGCCUGAGCCUCUUUAUUUGAAAAUGGGGGGCAGCGCCCUCGCUGGCCCUGCCCCGCGCAUGGGGUUUCACGAGGCCCACAUACAGCAAGGAAGCACGAGUGCUUUGUAUGUUCGACAGCACCUUGCGUGAACAUGCCAGGCUUCCUUCUCUUGCCCCCUCGGCGGACAGCUGAUCAGUAGUGGAGACUUCCCUGCUUCCCCUGGACAAGUGGAAGCAACAAGUAGAGGUCUGGCCCAGCAAGUGCUGAGGACUCCUGCCUCAGCACCUGUGUCCUGGCGAGUGACAUCUUCGUCCCUCCCCCCUGGGUGCUGAGCUGACGGGAUUGAGGACAAGCUGCUUCUAAAGACAACUGCUGUUCUUGCCUUUGCUCACACGUUUCUGAUGGGAAGAGACACGUCUUCGCUUCUUACGGCGUGAGCGGCAGCCACUGUUUCAGCAAAGCCUCACUGAGCCCCGCCUGUCCUCCCCUCGCCAGACACUAGGGAGGAGGGGUUAAGAUGUGCACGCUACCCUCGAGAGACUCUGAGUUCAGUGGGGGGAGCAGGUACAUAAGUAGAUCUUUGAAACUGAUGUGGAAGAGUAGCUCAGAGAAGGCACAGGAUCCCAGGUCCAUUGGGUGAAGCAGGAAGGGAGGGCUUCAUGGAAGAAGUGACAUUGAAACUCAGCCUUAAAGUAUUUUGAGAUGCAGAGGAUAGGAGUGUGGGGGAGGGGGAAGACACCAAGGUGGGAGGCAGUUUUGGCUGCAGGGAGGGAGGGUGUCCGAGGCAGAAGCAUGGAGGGGAAGGGAGGGGAAGGCUGUAGCACCCAAGGCAGCAAGGCAGUCCCAGCUGUCUGAAAGCAGCACCAGGAAGUGGGGGGUGGUUCUCAGAUCGCCCGCAGGUGAUCCUUUGGGCUGUUAACAGCAGGACGAGACGAUGAUUUAAAACAUUCAACGGGGCGCCUGGGUGGCUCAGUCAGUUAAGCGUUGGACUUCAGCUUAGGUCAUGAUCUCACGGUCCGUGGUUUCGAGCCCCGCGUGGGGCUCUGUGCUGACAGCUCAGAGCCUGGAGCCUGCUUCAGAUUCUUGCCUUCCUCUCUCUCUGCCCCUGGCCUACUUAUGCUCCCCCCCCUCUCUCGAAAAUAAAUAAAUAUUUUAAAAAAUUGAAAUAUUUGACAACUGAUGCAGGGCAAGCAGUGGUAAAACCAAAGGACAACUAAUAAGUCCAAACAGACAAUUGUUGAAAAUAACCAGAGUAGGCUUACCAUGCAUACUAAAUUAUUCAUCAGAGAUGAAUCCCCUUCAUCUCUGUUGAAGAAUAUGAAAUGUUUCAGAUACAAAAUGUUUCAGAUAAUUAAAAAAAGAAGGAGAAUUUCCCACAUUAGAAAGAGGCAAGAGGGGCGCCUGGGUGGCUCAGUCAGUUAAGCGUCCGACUUCGGCUCAGGUCAUGAUCUCACGGUU